UUUAAGGCAUGCACACCCACUAUCCUAUUCCACAACCUCUUCUACUUCUCCUCCUACUCCUACAAUGACAAAGCAAUCAAAGCCAUGGAGACCAUUUACAGCAAAUUGCUGUUCAGUUGAAGACCAAACAAUAUUUUGCAACUUCAGCCGAUGCAGACCAUCAAGGUCAGAAUUCUCUAAGGACAUUGCUCCAUUACCUUCAUUUCGGAGACUAUCUUUCUCUGAUCUUAGUCGCUCUUCAUCAACACGCAUCAAUGAAGAUCUUGCACUGUCUUUUGGGUCGGACUUGCAUGAUUUUCAGCUAAGUGAGCUACGUGCAAUAACUCAGAACUUCUCAAGCAACUUCUUAUUAGGAGAAGGUGGGUUUGGAACAGUGCAUAAGGGUUAUAUUGAUGAAAACUUAAGACAGGGUUUGAAGGCUCAGGCAGUUGCUGUUAAGCUUUUGGACAUUGAAGGCCUUCAAGGACACCGUGAAUGGCUUGCUGAAGUGAUAUUUCUGGGGCAGCUGAGGCACCCACAUCUAGUUAAACUGAUAGGGUAUUGUUGCGAGGAUGAAGAAAGACUUCUUGUGUACGAGUUCAUGCCUCGUGGCAGCCUAGAGAAUCACUUGUUCAAAAGGAUAUCAAUAUCAUUGCCGUGGGGCACAAGAGUGAAGAUUGCAAUAGGAGCAGCUAAAGGCCUUGCCUUUUUACAUGGUGCUGAGCAGCCUGUCAUAUACCGCGACUUCAAAACUUCAAACAUCUUGCUAGACUCUGAUUUCACAGCCAAAUUGUCAGAUUUUGGGCUUGCUAAGAUGGGACCAGAAGGAUCUAACACACAUGUUACCACUAGAGUGAUGGGUACCUAUGGGUAUGCUGCCCCAGAAUAUAUCUCAACAGGGCACUUAACUACAAAAAGUGACGUUUACAGCUUUGGGGUGGUGCUACUUGAACUAAUUACAGGAAGAAGAUCAUUAGACAAAACAAGACCAAAGAGUGAGCAAAACCUGGUUGAUUGGGCGAAGCCAUACUUGACCAGUAGCCGAAGAUUGCGGUGCAUUAUUGACCCAAGACUUGCAGGUCAGUAUUCAGUCAAGGGAGCAAAGGAAAUGGCACUUCUGGCAUUGCAAUGCAUAAGUUUGAACCCCAAAGACAGACCAAAAAUGCCAGGCGUUGUUGAAACACUUGAAAACUUGCAACAUUAUAAGGACAUGGCAAUCACUUGUGGACAAUGGCCAGCAUCAUCACCAAAAUCAACUAGAAAUGGAGUCUCUACAAAAGUGAGGAUGGAGAGUAAAGGUGGAUUUCAUAGAAAGUCCACUCCUAUCACUCCCAGUAAGAAAGCAUGAAUAAUUUCUAAGGGAAGAGGGAAUUGAAAGUUUAUAGUAGCAUGGGGGUGUCUAUUAAGUAUACACUUUUUCCUUGGCCAUGUCUGGCUGCCAAUGUAAAUAUUUGAAUCGCACAUAGCAAGCAUAUAUAAGUAUAUAGCCCCAUGAGUGUAUAAUAAUAUCUUGAUAAAGUUGUUAUAUAUAGUUCGAUACCAGAUGUUCUAGCAUCAAUUAGCUAGACUUGCUUUUCUGAUUAAUUACAACAAUGAUUUGCUUGCU